AUGCAGAUCAGUCAAAUUGCCACUACCCUCUUCCUCCUCGCCAGCUCGGUGCAGGCUACCGCCAUCAUCAAGGCGCGUGCUAGCUGCGUUGAGACUUGCGGCAGCGUCUGCUACUGGCAGACCGACAUUGACGACGCCCUGAACAAGGGCUACUCGGAGUACAAAUCUGGCGGCGAGCUGGACAGCUACCCUCACACUUACAACGACUACGAAGGCUUCGACUUCCCUGUCGACGGCCCAUACCAGGAAUUCCCUAUUCUGAGCUCGUUCGAGGUCUACACUGGUGGCAGCCCUGGUGCUGAUCGCGUCAUCUUCAACGAACAGGGUGACUAUGCCGGCUUGAUUACUCACACGGGAGCCAGCGGCGAUGACUUUGUCGCUUGCACUUCUAGCUAA